GUGCUGAUACAUUAGUACAUGCCACGUUCUGUUUGUCUGCCAGUCUAUGCUGACAAGAGAGGGCAAAUAUCAUAUAUCCAACAGGUCUUGGCGCAGCCCAUAUGGUCUUCUUCACAUUACUGUACAGUAUCAUUUACAUGUAUUGCAUGCGCCUCUCUAGUCAGGUUUUCCCUCCUCAGGCCGCUAGGGAGCGCUGCUCCACUUCACAGCUGACAAUGAAGCCAGCGCUCUCCGUCUUCCAGGCGGACAGACGGGAGCGCACCAGCAGUCUGCCUGACUCCCCGACCGCAUCGCACCUCUGUCCCGCCACACUCGGCUACUUUCUCGUCGCUUCCACCUAAAGAGGAUAAAGAGGGAAUUAUCGAUGCAAAGCAAAAGAAAAGCCCAAUUCAGGAGGUUUAAGUUGGAUAUUUAUUCCAUGUUGGUAUGGCUUAAUAACAAAGUUUCCUGUCUUACCCUGUGAAAAAGAGGAGGAGAGGAGCGGAACUUUCAGGGGACAUUUUCUUGCACCGGAGUAACUGCUGGUUUUAACCCCGGAGGUCACAUCUGCCAUCGACUCCGUUUCUCUCUAGUCUGGCUGCGGAGGUGGAUGGUAUGGUAUAACUUUUACGCUCCAGUCGAACCUGAGCGGCCAGUGUGAGAGAGGAGCCGUUUUAUAGUACCGGAGAGGGGAUGCGAGCCUCUCCUCCGUCUCGGAUAGCGGAGCGGCUAUGAGGAGAGAGGAUCACCUGCUGGGCUAACAGAACAAGACCACACCGCACUAACAGAAUGCGGGAACGGGGUCCUAGCAUUUGCGGAGUAGGUGUGUGGAGCCUACUGCUGUCCCUCUGUCUGGCCUCCCUCACACAGGCACACAGGAGCCACACAGUGCAUGUGAAGGCAGGGACGUGUGAGGUGAUCGCUGCCCAUCGCUGCUGCAACAAGAACAAGAUCGAGGAGAGAUCUCAGACUGUCAAAUGUUCCUGCUUCCCCGGACAGGUCGCUGGCACCACCCGGGCCAUGCCCUCCUGUGUUGAUGGGUGCAAAUGUUCCACCAAAACAAGUUCCUUCAUGAGACCAUUUUGCAGAGCCACCGUUGCUGCAUACGGAGCCUAGUGCUGCCCAAGACAAUUGCGAUUGGUUUAAAGAAAUGCAAACAACCCAGAGUGUUUUUUCUCCUAUUCCACAAUGUACUGUAUGUGUGGUGUACUGCAGCCAGACCUUACUCCACAGUGCUGUCUGGCAAUGCGAGACUAGCAUGGAAGUAUUUAAGUUGGAGUGGCAUCUAUUUAAAUACGUUCAUGCUAAACAUGUAAUUACUUGGUAACUGACUGUGGCAAAUAUAGUAACAGAUAAAGAAAGAGUAUUCAUAAGAACAUUAUUCAUAUAUUCACACAUUCAGUCAGUCCACUUUUACUGUGGUGAGUUCUUUUGUUACAAUUUUCUUUGUAAUUAUAUUUAUUUAUCUUGUUCUUGGUGUAUCUGGUCUUUCUAAGCCCUUUUCUCUUUUGUUUGCUAAGGUACUUCAACAAUUCAUUUACUUCUGAUUUGACAUGUUGACAAAAUAUCGCAGGUAUCUUACGCAUAUCUUCCCUCCAGUUUUGUCCUUUCUUCUUACACGAAUUGAAAAUGUAAAUGAUCCCUUAUGUGCUGAUUAAAUUCAUAUGAUUGUAGUGCCUGCAUACAGUUAUAAUCUGCAUUUUUGAAAAGCUGCAUAACCUGUUUUUUUUACCUAUGAAAAAUAUUUCAAGAAUUAUCUUGAUAUUGAUGUUUAACAAUAUUAAGUAUUCAAAAUCAUAUUAUAAACUGCCAUGUAUUAAAACUCAUGAUGCCCCACUGUGUCAAAUCUUUUUUUAGUCACAGGGAAGCAUUCUGGAAAUCUAAAUGGAAGACACUAGUAAAGAGCCAUUUUUGUUAGGAAAACAAUGGGAAAGUUGUGGAUGUUAACCACUGAUUGACAAUCGUACAGAACAAUGUAGUGAAAUUCAAUCUCUGCAUUUAACCCAUCCUAAGCAUUAGGAGCAGUGGAAAGCCACAUACAGCGACACAUUGGACUGUACAUAAGGAAACCGGUAACAACCUCAGACACAAGGCAAGAUAGCUGAAAAUAAUAUGUGAAUAAAGCACGGUGUACUAGAGCAGAAUUGUGCUUUAAUUGUGAUGCACUUGAAUUGAAGCUCACACUGUUCUGCAAAUUGUUUGUGCAUCCUCAAAUAUACACAUCCUUUAUAGUUUGUGCCAGGUUCUGUGUGGUCAGGAUAAUAAUGUGGUUAGUGAAACUACAUUUAUAUCAGGAAGUGUGUUUGCAUUCACAUUUUUCAAUAAAGCUCAUAAAAAAUUUGAAAAGAAAAAAAGUUGAAAAUAUUGCAAAAUUUGGUUACUCUUGGCUGAGGUGGUAAAGUUAGUGUAUUGAUAAAAGCAAAGUGUGACAAUGUGCAAUGGAAACAGACUGGGUGAAUAAAUCAUGGCGUAUAUGAAGCAGGUGCUGAAGCUUCUGCUUUAGGAGAAGAAAAGUGUGGCAGAUUAAAACAGAAAUACCAUAUUUCAUCAUGUUUUCGUUUAUUUGAGACUUGAUUAUUUUUUUUUUAAGAUAAUUUUUUGAGCAAU